AUGAACAACGAACGUAUGCCAGGACAGAUCUCAGAUGAUGAUGAUGAUCAAAAUUCUCUGACAUCUUAUCAGAAAUUUGAUAGGAAAAGAAUAAAUCAGAAGCAAGAAAUGAUAAAGCGUGCUGGCGACCUACGAACUCGACGAACACCUCAUCGAACAGAUACACCAGUUUCGGAUGAUAUAAAAGGAUUCGACAACAAUUCAUUUCAUCCAGACGAUGGUGAACCAACUUCAUUUAAUGGUAAUACUCGUUCAAUCGCUUUUCCACCGACUGAACCAUUGCGUACGAUUCGGAUAACUCCGAAUGUAAAAGUGAUAGGAAAAAAUAAUGCAGAUACUUCUCGUCCAUCAACUGCCACGUCCGUCAAGUCAACAUCAAUAAAUCGUUCAAUAGACGCAAAUCAACGACUAACCGGUGUUCCAUCAUCAUCAUCAACUCUUGACGAUGGAGAUGAAAUAAGAUUGAAUGAUAUGAAAUUCACCAACAUGCAUGAUGAUCAUCUGCACUCUUCUAAAACAGCUCGUCGUAAUAAUCGUCGCAAACAUAACCAAAAGUUUGCUUCUUCGUCAUCAUCACCUGGUAAUAACCAUAAUAAUCCAUUAGCACAAACUGAUGAUGUUGUGCCAAAAAAUAAUACACAACAUUAUCAAAAAAACGAAAUAUCCUCUAAUGAGUGUGUUGUACCUUCUUCUGAACCAUUAGCAGCUAAAGGUUCUCUUAAUAAUUAUGCAGAUUCCGAUGAUGAUAGCGAUCGUAUACCUAUCAAACCAUGGUCACCAGCGCCGACUGAUUCAGAAGUUCCAGUAUCAUCACUCAUUGGAGGUAAUCCUGUGAAUCAAGAUGCAACAAUACCUCCAUCGCCAGCAUUAACAUUAGCAAUACGAGAACUAUUUGAAAUGAUUACAGAAGAUUUAGAUAGAUUUGUUUAUACACCAGCACCCAAUGGUUUCGGUGAUAUUCAAUGUCGUAUAACACGUGAUAAACGUGGCAUGGAAAAAGGCCUUUUUCCAACAUAUUUUAUGCAUGUUGAAAGACCGGGUGAUGGAAAAAAAUUUUUUGUUCUUGCCGGACGUAAACGUCGACGUAGUGCAACAUCAAACUAUUUAAUAUCAACUGAUGCAACAGACCUAUCUCGUGAUGGAGAAAGAUUUACUGGAAAAUUAAGAGCCAAUAUGUUAGGUACACAUUUUACUGUUUAUGAUAAUGGUACCAAUCCCAAGAAGAAUACCCCGGUUGAGCAAAUUCGCCGAGAAGUAGCUGCAAUUGUUUAUGAAACCAAUAUUUUGGGUUUUAAAGGACCACGUAAAAUGACAAUACUUAUUCCUGGCAUGAGUAGUGAUCAUCAUCGUGUUGAAGUUCGACCAAGAAAUGAAUCAGAAUCUUUGAUUGAACGAUGGAGACAUACUAGAAUGGAGAAUGUGCUCGAAUUACACAACAAAACACCUGUGUGGAAUGAAGAAACUCAAUCUUAUGUACUUAAUUUUCAUGGGCGAGUAACACAGGCAUCAGUGAAAAAUUUCCAAAUUGUACAUGAUAAUGAUCAGGAUUAUGUAUGCAUGCAGUUCGGUCGUGUCAGUGAUGAUGUUUUCACAUGCGAUUUCAAAUAUCCAAUGUGUGCUGUUCAAGCAUUUGGUAUAGCUCUAUCGUCUUUUGAUGGUAAACUUGCUUGCGAAUGA